AUGUCAACUAAUAAAGAUUAUCAAGAUGAAGAUCCAUUAUCAGAACCUAAAAAUACUCAACAUAUAGAUUUAUCAAAAUUAUCACCACAAGAAUUAAAAAUAUAUAAAAUGUAUGGGAAAUUACCAACAACAUCACAAAUCCUUAGUUCAAAAUUUCAUGAUAAAAAAUAUUUUGAUAGUGGAGAUUAUGCAAUGCAAAAACAACAAAAAGGAGGUAAAGGUGGAUACUCAUCAAAUUUAGGUGGGAAUAAUGGAAUAUCAGGUCAAAUUCCAAUGAGACAUCCAAAUGCUGAAAGAAUGAAAGAAAUGUCUGUUAGAAAUAGUAUAAGUGCAACAAAUGCUCAAAUUUUUGCAAAUGGUAAAAGUGGGUUAUUAAAUGAAAGUACUCCUAAUAAAAUAACGGGAGAAAAUAUUUUAUUAAAGAAAGAUAAUGAUAAAAUAGUUGAUGAAACAAAGGAGUAA